AUGGGUAACUCCCCUUCCGAUUCAAAGCGUACAACCCCUCGUUCAGUGAUCAUUCCCCGAUCACCACGUCUCUCUCAAUUUAGUUAUUAUAUCAUUCCACACCACUCGCACCGUCGCUCAAAAGACAAAGAAGUCUUAGAAGUCGAGAGCAUCCCACAAAGCAAAUUGAAGAAGUCGAAAUCUGGUAAUGCUUUAAUAACAAAUGAGAAUCCCCACAAAUUUGGAGAUAAAAGACACGCGUCUUCACAGCCGGAAGAAUUGUUCUACGAAGCCGAAUUACGCAAUUUAGAUGGGACAUUUUUGGAAGACUCUACUUUACUCUCAUUCAUAGCAUCUCGAACACGGUCGAAGAAAGUUGAGACAUUGUAUGACUCUGUUAAACUUGGGUUAGAUUACAGAGAUGUUCGAGAGACUGUUUCUUGCAACAGCAAACUCGUUUUUGUCUUCAUGACCGAAACGGACGUUUUUGGGUUCUAUCACGAAGACUUUGUUCCUAUGAUAUCCAAGACUGAGAUGCAAUCGUUUAAUUCACAGAACAUGUUUGUGUUUUCCAAGAAAAGCACAGACUGCAUAGUUAAUGUGUUCUCGAGGACUAAAUUCGUCAAGAGAAGCUUUUCCUUUUAUCCAGACAAAAGUGACAACACAAUGUUGACGUGUUUCUCCGCUUUCAAAAUCGACAAAGACGGGACUAUUAGUGUCUCUCCACACGUAAAAGACUUUUAUGAAAUGGAGAAUGGUAUCUAUAACCCUUUCUUCGUGGGACCUAUCGAAAAGAAGGUCAAAUGCUCUCGAAUGCUUGUGUUGCUAUGUAAAUAA